AUGCCUGCAGGCUACGCUUCAACAGCACGAGCCCUAUCCCUUCCAAUGUCACCUUCAGGAACGCCAUCGCCAGCGGACGAUGACAUACAGUCGCCGCCAUGGGGUCAUCUGAUCCCAAACAGACAGAAUACGCCCAGUCCCUCAAUACGGGAAGCAACUAGCUUUCGGGAUCAGAUCACUAGUCAAGCAACCAGGCUCCUAUACCGGAUGAAGAAAACUUGGCGAAGACUGAACUUUUGGCAGAGAGUUGGGGCCAUCGGAGCGGUGAUACUUGCCAUUCUGUUGGGGCUGGGUUUCAUGAUCUUUACCGGACAGGUGUUCCUAUGGCUCGAACCGGUCGCUGAGACAUGGGAGCAGUCGAAGCUGGCAUUUUUUGUCCUUUGGCUGUGUGUCUUCUUCGUCUCCUUCCCGCCAUUGGUUGGCUGGUCCACCUUUGGCACAGUCGCGGGUUUCAUUUUUGGCAUAUGGAAAGGCUGGCUCCUCUAUGCCACUGCAACUGUGCUUGGAUCAACAUGCUCCUUCAUCGUAUCGCGAACAGUUCUAUCGAAGUUUGUCAACCGCAUGAUGGAGCGCGACAAGAGAUUUGCUGCUCUUGCCCUAACGCUCAAGUACGACGGGCUCAAGUUGCUAUGCAUGAUUCGCCUGUGCCCUUUACCAUACUCCGUCUGCAAUGGCGCUGUCUCGACAUUUCCUACUGUCCAUCCGUUGAUGUAUGGAUUGGCUACCGCUAUUAUCACACCUAAGCUGCUUGUUCCAGCCUUUAUUGGGAGCAGGAUCAGGAUUCUCUCUGAACAAAAAGGGGAAAUGAGUGCUGGGUCAAAAGCGGUGAAUAUCUGUAGUAUUGUUCUUACCAUUUCGAUUGGUGUUUUUACAGGCUGGUAUAUAUACAAAAGAACGCUGGCACGAGCCAAAGAACUAGAAGCCAAGGAGAGGGCCGAUAUUCGAAGAUCCUUACAAGCCGACCAUGCUGCUCACCGUCCUCAUGGUUCUUUCUCUGAAGACCCAGACGUCAACACAGCGGCUAGCAUACUUGCUCGUGAUGAGGAGGAAAGAAUUGGAUUCAACGACUUUGAUGAUGACAAUGUUGACCUAGUGAUCGACGACGAGAGCGGCAGUGACAAUUCUUCUGGUCAAACGAGGAAGCAUUUACAGGGUUCGUAUAGAGAUGAAUUUACCGACAACGAUUCAGACGUCUUCCGGGAUGGUGAUGGAGCAGAUAGUGAGACAUACCAUCUACAUACGCAUGUACGUCCGAAUUAA